GUUUGCUUUGAGCUCUCAGGUAGACGAGAAAUGGAUGCGGCUAAGCAUGUUGGAAAUAUGAAAAUUCUGGGAAAACUUUUUGUUGUGCUAAUUGGCACUUUGCUGAGCGCCACUGCAGGCGCGGAGUUGAACUGCGGCAACCUCGAGGAACGAUUGCUCUUCAGCAAAGACAAGUCAACGCAGCCCGCCGAGUACCCCUGGAUGGGAGUACUCUUCCAACGCAAAGGUCAGUCAUUUGAGAACGCCGGCUGCAAUGUGGUCAUCGUGGGCGAAUCGCAUGUCCUGACCACAGCAUCGUGUGUGCGAGACCAUUAUGACCACCCGGAGAUGAUUGCCGUGCGGCUGGGCAUUUGGAAUGAAAGGGAUGAGCCCGACGAGAAGCUAGUCUGCAAUGAUAGAGGUUUUUGUGUGCCUGGGCCCGUGCAGCAAACGGUUGCGGCGAUUACGAUGCAUCCACAGGCGGAUAAGGUUACGGGCGACAUUGAUUUGGCCAUUUUGCGGCUAUCGGAUCGGAUCAAAAUGACUGCCCACGUGCAACCGCUGUGCUUGCAGCCAAUUUCAGAGCCCGCCUCAUGGAUCAAUCGGUAUUUCCACUUCGGCGGCUUUGAAAACAGUAACUACCGCAAGGGCAAAGGUCUUGCAAUGGCCAUAUCGAAGAAUCGCUGUAGUCGGCUGAGUGGAAAAUCGAGCCCAUCGCAAAAUCAGUUCUGCGCAUUUCCUGUGGAGCGCACUGUCUUCUAUAGAGGCGCUGCCCUGAUGGGCAUGAACAUUGAGAAAGAUGUGCCGCGAAGCUUCUAUUUGGUGGGCUUACUGGUAAAGGUUGUGAGUGAGGGAGGUCCGACGGUUUUAUUUAUCCAAGACAUAAAACCCUGGCGCCGCUGGAUUAUGGAGAAUACCCGCUAAGCGAGCGUAUAUUGAUAAUCAAUUUUAUAAAAUAUGUAAAUCUGUUGUAUAAUAAUUUCCGUAAAUAUAUUUUUCUUGCUUGACUA